AUGAAGCCCAAUGACGACGCCCGCGACGCCGACGCCGACGCCGCGCAGUUAGCUGCACUAGGCCACAAACAAGAACUCGAACGUAACUUCUCCUUUAUAUCUAUGCUCGGUCUCGCCUUCUCUAUCCUCAACUCUUGGACAGCACUCGCAUCGAGUCUAUCAGUCGGUCUCCCCAGUGGAGGACCUACUGCUGUUAUAUGGGGUUUGGUAACGGCUGGCGUCGGCAGUUUGUCCCUCGCAGCCUCCAAUGCCGAGUUCCUUUCCUGCUACCCUACGAGCGCUGGCCAGUAUCACUGGGCAGCCAUUAUAUCCCCUCCGAAGUGGGUCGCUAUUGUUUCUUGGGUCACUGGUUGGGUCAACGUCAGUGGAUGGGUUGCUCUCAGUGCUUCAGGAGGUGUCCUUGGAGGGCAGUUGUUCUUGGGCAUUAUCACUAUGUAUAACCCAGAUUUUGUGCCGUCGCAGUGGCAGUACUUCCUUAUCUUUCUGCUUUACACGUUCCUCGGCCUCUGCUUGAACUUAUUCUUGGCUUCCGGACUUCCUUUCAUGACAAAGCUUGCUCUUAUCUGGUCCGUAUGCGGCCUCCUCGCAACCUUCAUCACAGUGUUGGCAACCAGCGCCCCCGACUUUCAACCAGCCAGCUUUGUCUUCGCCGAGUUCAUCAACUCAACUGGUUGGCCCGGGGGUGUCGCAUUUCUUCUAGGUCUUUUGCAAGGCGGGCUUGGUCUCACUGGCUUCGAUGCUGUCGCACACAUGAUCGAAGAGAUUCCUCAACCCUGCAUUCGUGGUCCUCGUAUCAUGAUUGCCUGUGUCGCCAUGGGUCUCGUUACAGGAUUCAUCUUUCUUGUGUGUCUGCUCUUCGUCAUCAAGGACGUAGAUGCAGUCGUCGCAUCGCCUUCAGGUCCUCUGGUUGCGAUUUACCUACAGGCUACCAAUAGUAAGGUCGGCACCGUCUGCCUGCUACUUUUCCCCAUGAUUUGCCUCGUUUUUGGUACACUUGGUAUCAUGGCUACUAGCACUCGUAUUGUGUACGCCUUUGCUCGCGAUGGAGGCUUGCCUUUCUCAAGAGUGUUGGCGAAGGUCGACCAGCGUUGGGGCAUCCCAGUCAAUGCACUCUUACUUACGAAUGCAAUCGUCGUCAUUUUUGGUCUUAUCUACCUCGGGUCAACAAGUGCUCUGAAUGCGAUCUUAUCAGCGGCCGUUAUUGCCCUAUCUAUUUCUUACGCUGUCGCCCCGGCCAUCAACUGUCUGCAAGGCCGAAACGGAUUGUUGGAUAACAGGCCUUUCGCGCUACCAGCCUGGCUCGGCUGGGUCUGUAACCUUGUUGGCAUUGCUUACACGAUCGUAAUCACAAUCUUUCUUCUCUUCCCUCCCUCUAGCGAUGUCACAGCCUCAAACAUGAACUAUGCCAUUGUUGCAUUUGCUGUGCUGAUUAUCAUUUCCGCAAUUCAAUGGUUUGUCGAUGGCAGGCAUAAUUUCAAGGGACCCUCAUUUGAUGAAGAUGCUUUUUUGGUCACUGGGGUUGAAGAAGCGGAUGUGGGGAAAUUUGGGGAGGGCGAUAACAAUUCCAAGGUGGACAAAGCGACAGCAUAA